UGCCACAUAUUUAUUAUAAUGUGAAUGCAUUUAUUACAAUGCUUCUCUUUUAAUAUAUAAGAGAUAGUAGACGUAACGUUUCGGCAGAGCCGGGCUUGACCCAACACAUUCGAAACAUUUGUAUCUGUGGUGUCCCUUAAAAAACUUGUAUAAUAAUGUAUAAAAUAUGUAAACGCAAGAGAAAAUAACAAAGGUAAUUUAUAAAAUGAUGUAAAAUUAUAAUUUUGAUAUUACCAAAACUAUAAAAUAUUAAAAAAAUAUUUUAUUUUUAAAUUAAAAAUUUACAAUUGUUUAAAAAGAAUAAUUGAAAUUUAGUUUUUCUUUGAAAAAUUAGAUAAAAUUAGAUAAUUUUUUUAAUUUCGUUUAGGGCUCCCAAAUUAUCGGGUCUAACUCUGUGUUUCGGCCAAAGUUUUUACGGGAAAAUGUUAAUAGAUUGUGAUUUAAGUGAUUCCAUGUCGAAGAAGAUCCGAAGAGGAUCGACAAUUCAGAUCCUUUUGGUCAUGUCAUCUCAAAACAUCUUGAGUUGUUCUUUGUCGAUUACGUUUUUUGUUUCUGUUUUGUCUUUUCCGACCCAAUUUUUCAUAAAAUUCUUCCGCAAACUCCGUUGCAUUCCCUAUUUCUAUAAUUAAUGCAUACUAUUUUAGAUAAACUUUCAAUGUAAAACUAAUUAGUGAUAAGUUGAUUGACUCAUCAUUUUAUAUAUUAAUUAAGAUCAUUUUCAAUUUCUGAUCUGAAACACUUUAAUGAAUUUAUUCCUAAAAUGAUAAGAAAUUUCUAAAAGCUAAGUGUCCUUUUAUGUCGUUAAUGAUAAUAAUUGUAUCAACUGUUUGAUAAAAUCCCUAACCUAUUAAUUAAUUAUUAGCAUCUUUUUGGUUUAAUUAUACCAAUGCACGAAAUUCUCUUUAGGCAACUUUCCGUAAACAGAAAACUGAUUAAACCGGUUCUCAAACGAUGUCAUGAAUCUCUUUCCCUUCCUGUGACCGUCCGAUCAAGAAACCGUAAGCGCUGGAGUCCCUUAGCGGCGCUAGAUGUUGUCCUCUCUACUCUUUGGAGGGCCCUCGACGUCAGGAGGCCCCAGGUUGCCGCUUUUCCUCGUGCUUGGAGACUCAAGAUUACCACUCUUUCUCCAGCUUGAAACGCUCAACGUGCGGAUUAUCGAUCCCACACUUGACGCAUUCUUCUUCAGACCACCUUCGUUCUUUUUGACGUUUAUGUCCGGCUAUUUGGCCGAACUGUCACCCAUUGAAUCGAUCUCCACACUCUAACAUCCAUUUAGACUGUUGUUUUUCUUGAUUUUUUCUCUGGUACUGAUAAAUAAUGGAAGAAUUGUCGGAGAUCUUAUUUGUUAUGAGAUUGUUCUUUUCUGGUUUGAUUGAAUUAUUCGCUGAUCAGGAGAAAAAGUAGGAGAGGCACUGAGCCUGUGUUUAGUGUAUUUAGUUGAGACUGAGUACGCAUGAAGAGAUUACUAUAAAUAGAAAGUCCGAAGGAAGGCAUCGUUUUAGGUCAAACACACACAGACCAAUUAAGGACCUAUAUAUAAAACGUAAGAAACUUCUCAAUUUGACUUAUAUAGUGCUAAUAGAAUGUUUACUUUUGCCGUCUUGAGUUAAAUUUUCAAAAAUGUCAAAAACAAAGAGUACAAAACAAAUGAAUCAGCCAUAAGGAGAAAAGGAAAGAAACAAAUAAAAUCAAGCGCCACCAUGAUUAGCUUCCACGAAAACGCGGUCGUGUCUCCAAUCAAGACAUCAUAUCCCAUGGCAAAGAUAGGAAAGAUAGCGUACAUCAUAAUUCAUAAAUAACACUCUUUGCAAUGUUUCGAGCAAUAUUGAAUUCUAACAAAAGUGAGAUUUCACGACAUGAAUCAAUUUGAUUGUCCCCUUAAUCGGGCUUUCAUGGGCCGAUACUUAUUUUUGUGAGACCAGUCUCUAACAAAUUGUAAAUGAAUUAAUAUCCCACUAUAAAUCAUCUUUGAAUCCAUAAACGUAGCGAUUAUACGACCAAGAAACAAAACAAAAUAACAAAAGGACGUAGUGAAUAACUUUAGGUUUAAGAAACCAAAGAGAUACAUUUCCAAUUGUCAACGAACUUUUUCCAUUGAAAUCAAAAUAGUGGACGCUCUUAUAAUGGUUCCGAAUCUCGAUCAUGACCCUGAUGCUCUUUUCUAGACACACGUGCCGCUGCUCUCUUCAUAUCCAAUGAGCAGUAGAUACGUGACGAUACUACCAUGUUUAUUGUUUAUCACGGCCCCUCGCGCGGCUGUCCAAAUUCGUAUCGUUAGGGCAAAAGUUGUACGAGAGAGAUCCCACAACUCAUGCCGGCGACAAUGCCGUUGCGGAGAAGGCGGUGGGAUCUAUAGUGUGACAGCAAUGAGCCAACGAUUUGCGUUGGAACGUUUUACAGCGAAUCACGUUUCAAGUGGCACUAGAAACCGUACGUUUUGUACGGACAAAGAUGCUUUAAUUGGAGUGUAAAGAUCGGUGUUUAUCAUCCUUUGUCGACAACGAUGGAUUUAAUCGUUGCAACAAUAACAAGAGGAUAUAUGACCACCGAUCAUCUGGAAUUAUCAAAUCGUAUCUUUUUUCGGUUUAAUGAAAAUGUUACGAUAUCCUUAAUUAGUUUGUUUAAAUUCUAAUUAUCAUAUCAGAUUAUCAGGCCAUUAAGUUGAGUAACGGUUAAAAGCAAAGCCUAGAAAGGAUAGCCUUAUGUAUAUUGAUAUUCGUCAUAUAUAUAUUGGGUUAUCAUGUCCACAAGCUUAGUGUGAACUUACAAAAUUUUAUAAAGGAAUAUAUAUGGAUAUAAAAAUAGUGGAUGUUAUGAAAAUCUGUUACAUUGCAUCUUCGACAAUGCUCAGGCAUGUCAUGUCAAAAUUAAAAUACGUAAAUAUAUGUAUUUAACCAUUCGAUAUAGUCAACCGUAUGAUUCACGAAAUCGUGUGUCUAGCACACUAACAUUAUGACAUCUAAAGGUCGAACAAGUCGCUAUACUCAGUAGUAGUUAUUAAAGUUUCAAACGCUGAACAUUUUUACAGUAGUUAUUAUAUGAAACGAGAUAUUAAUAAGAAAGAUAUAACUUUUUUUUUGUUGGUUGGCAUCCAGAUUUUUAGAUUCAGAUUCAGUGUUGUAAAAAUAUAUUUUUUUUAAUUCUCAUAUAAGAAGUUAAACUUUUAUGACUUAUUAUAGGUUAACCAACCAAUAGAAUUUCAUUAUUUCAUACUCCUUCCGUUUUAUUAAGAUAGAUUUUUUUAAAAAAAAGUUUGUUUCACAAAGAUGUAUUUUUUGUGUUUUCUAUGAAAAAUCGAAAUCCUAAAAUCGUAAACCCUAAACCCUUGAGUGUUUUAGUGUUUUUGAUUUAUUGUUUAGGAUUUAUCCAAGAAUUUAAAGUUUACCUAAGAAUUUAUAGUUUACCCACGGGUUUAGGGAUUAAGAUUUAAGUUUAGGGUUUAAUGUUUUGCUGACGACGUUAAAAAAUGUUUAAAUAUUUUUUUGUAACUAUUGCUAUUUUAUUUACUUUUUACCUUUUUGUUUUAAAAACAUAGUAUAGCUUGAUAAUAUUUUAUUUUUUUUUUAAAGAUAUCAAAUAUAAAAUAAUGAAAUUCUAUAGGUUAGAGUGAAUCCAAAAAUAACUCAACUUUUAUUGUCUUGUCAUUAUGUUUUGCUGUAACUAGGGAUCUGCGCUGAAAUCUUAAACAGGGGAAGCGGACGAGUAGUUUGAUCUCCGGUUUUCUAAAUGAGGCGUAAGCAAGGUUCUAUUUUGUCUGGUUAAGCAAAUUGCAAUUUAGUACCUGAAGUUAUUUGAAUCCCGAACCGAUAGAUUUACGUUUUACCAGUGGCAUACGAAGGUGUUUGGAGGCCUAAAACGAAUUUAAAAAAAAUACAUUUUACAUGAUAUCUUUUUAAUAUAUAUACACAUAUGACACUAAAAAGUUUUGAACUAUUACAUAAAAAAUUUACCAAACUUUUAUAAACGAAAAAAAAUAAAAUCAUGAUAAAAAAGUAUGAAUUUAUAGUAUAAAAACAAAGAUGCAGGUUUUGGAUUGGAAUACUGGUGGUUGUUAAAAAAGACAAAUCUUAUCGUUUAAAUUAAAUAUAGUAAACCGGUAAAGGACUCAAGGCAAUUCAGUUUUUCAAUUGUCUAGAUUGGUCCCAAUGCCUUCUAUCUUCUUAAUAUUCAAAUUUUUAUGAUUUCUUUUACCAAAUUAUCAAACAUAUAUAAAAUAAAUCUAACUCAUAGCAUAUAAAAAAAAGAUAAAAUGUGGAUCAAAUAUUUACAGUUUUUCAGAAGUAAAAUCUUUAUAGUUUUAUUUAUAAAUAUAGCAAAAUUGAUCAUAAACCUAGUUAUUUUAAACAGAAUGGAAUUCAGAAUCAAAUACGAAUAAAAAUCUAAUCAAGAAAAUAUGUUAACUACUAUGUAAAAAUAACUUUUUAUAAUUAGGGACCCUAAGAUUUUUACAAAAUUUGGGAGUUCUAGGCAAAUGCCGUUUUCAAAAGGCUAUAAACACGGCUCUGUGUUUUACCUCAAAUUUUCUUUUAUCACUGACUACUAUCGCUUAAUUUUUUCUUUGAUGUUUUUGCAAAUGCGACGCUUAUUUUUUUCAUUGAUGUUUUUGCAAAAGCACUUCGAGUUUUUCUCUUAUCAAUAUGCUACGGUAUCAUGUGUGUGUUUAUAUACACUCAUGUGUGUGUCUUCUUCUGUGUGCUAGACUGCUAGUAUUUCACUGUAUUUGUAUAUUAGAACUUUAAAGAGUACAUAUCUAACCAACCACUGUAAGGUCGGAUAUUCGUUGACUUUGCCCCACGUUUAUAUCAAUCAGAAUCAAGUAGACUUGAUAUUCUUCAACGUUCGUUCAAGUGUUUUAAAUAAUUUCGUUUAAAAUUCUUCAAACUUUCUUUUCAAUACUUUUCACCUCAUAAAAGUUUGAUUAUCUCUUUUGGUUUCUCUUCACCCAAACGUUUAUGUUUCUAAGUUUACUGCGGAUUAGUCUUUUUGGGUUAGCUUAUAAACUUGACUCCCAAAUGGGAUAACAAAAUAUAAGUUCAUAAGAAAAAAUUGGUAGUUUUACUCGAUUUGUUAUUUCUUUUCUUUUUCUUUUCUGACUGGCGAUUUGUUAUUUCUUUGGAAAACUAGUUUUAGACCUGAAACAAGAUAAGAAUUAAAAAGACUAAAAAGGUUAGGAAAGGGAAGAGAAAGAAAAGGACAGCGAUGGAGAAGGAUUAUCUUAGAGAAGGUGCAUUUUGCCACACCAAUCUUUCUUUGUCACUGUUAGUCAACUUCGCACCUCUUUUCCGCCCUUCAAGUUUUCAUUUUGGUUUUGAUUUUGAAGAUUUGACAUUGAUCUUAUGUAUAUACAUCCCACGAACUAGUGCUUUCAAUAAAAGAAAAUUCAUUCUGGGAUGUGUAACAAAUAUAAAUACAUUAACUUCCAAGCCCUCUAAAAUAUAAACACUAUAGAAAACAAAAAGAUAUGUUUUAGGAUGCUUUUGUAUAAUAACUUUUGAUGUAAAAAUUUUAGGCUGCAAAUGUGUUGUCUGUCAUAGGUUUUUGUAUGCCAUCAAACUAGAAGCAAAUUAGGAUAUCAUUGUUUAUUACUAUUGGUUAAUACUUCAAGCAUGAAUUUUGGUGUCAACACACUUACUAUGUAAUCAAGUUUUCAUAUCAUUUAUUUUAAAGCAUCUCCAAUAUAUAUUUCUAUAUUUUUCUCUAAAAUAGAGAUUUCUAUUAUAGAAGUGAUUUUAAUCAAUUGUAUAACUUUAUAAUAGACUUCUUCUAGUUUAAGAGAAUUAUAUUAUAUAAAUAUACAUUGGAGAAAAUUUAUCUCUAUAAUAGAAUUUUUUUAUUUUAACGAAAAAUAUAAAGAUGAAAAUAAAGAUAGAUUGGAAAUAGUCUUAAUCUCCGAUAUAUAUGUGUUUUACUAAUUUGGUGAGUUAUGAGAUAUAUAUGUUCUUUAACAAAAAAGUGUUGUCAACAAAUUAAGUAGAUAGUAAUAAGAAGCUGGCUAUAGUUUUUUGCUUGUUACCUAAAAAGGUUAAAAAAGUGAAAGGAAUAACAUAUUUUAUUACAAAUUCACUAAACCGCAAUUGCAUCCCGCUGACUUUCCAAAUCAAAAGAGGUAUCAUUACGUUCAAAGCCUAACCCAUUUUACCUGUUUUGGAAAGUUACUUGUUCAUCCUGUUCUUAAUUUCGGCCUUAGACAAUCUCCAAUGCUACACUAUAAUUUUUUCUAUAUUUCACUCUAAAAUAGAAUAACUCUAUUAUAGAGUUGGAUUUGCUCUAAUGGUUCACUCUAUAAUAGAGUUACUCUAUAAUAGAGUGAAAUAUAGAGUAUUCUUGUUUCUUAACUCAAUAUAGAGUGAAAAAACAAGAAUACUCUAUAUUUCACUCUAUUAUAGAGUAACUCUAUUAUAGAGUGAGCCAUUGGAGCAAAUCCAACUUCAUAAUAGAGUUACUCUAUUUUAGAGUAAAUUAUAGAGAAAAAAAUAGAGUCUCCUUGGAAAUGUUCUAAGAGUCUUCCUAUAUCUGGCCAAAUAUAUAUAUCGUGCUCGAGAUAGACAUCCACUCAUUGUUACAUAUCUAUAGCAUUGAAGUGAUAAAAUUAAAGCAGUAUUGACAUUAUAUCAAGUGUGAUUUCAUCAUGGUCAGUGAUCAAUUUUUGUUUAGUGCCUAUUAUAGAGUUUAAUUAUCUGAAAAUUAAAAAUUCGAAGAAUUAAUCUGAGUUUCUAAAUUAAAAAUUUGAAGAAUUAAUCUGAGUUUCUACAAAAAAAAAAUUUUUAUAUAUUAUUAAAGUUGGGAUUGAAUGGUUUUGUUUGGAAAAUAGUAUAGGCAUUUAGUCUUAUGGGUUUAAUUGGCAAGUGUAGAAUAGGUGUUCGUUUUUCGGAGAGAUUAUGAGCAACCUCUUAUGAGGGAGCUUCGAGCUCAGUCUCCAUGGGUUUUGAAGGUCACAAAUAUAAUUCCGCACAUGAUAAAAAAUGUUUUGCGGCCGGCAGAAUGAAAAAUAAAAGAUUUUAUUGAACAUUUUUAUCCGAAGAUUCUUCGAUACCUAAAUUAGACCUGCUUUAAUAAAAAUGAGUUUAUAGAGAUUUACGUGGAGAGUUCAAUCCAAAGAUCAGAACUUCUAUCUGUUUUUUUUUUCCGGCUAAUCUGAUUUUUAUUAAUCGUUGUCAACAAUUACAAAAUAUUGUAAGAAAGAAGGGCAGACAUGAUACAAACCCCAUAAAGAAUAUGAAAAUAGAUUUGUUUACCAAAAAAAGGAACAGAAAAUAGAUUAAAGCCCUUUCCCAAAAAAAAAGGAAUAUGAAAAUAGAUGGUAGGUGCACAAAAAAAAAUGAAAAUAGAUGGUUAGAGUUCUCCUUCAUAUGUUUUUUAGUUUCGUUGGGUAUAUUUUGGAUUUAGUAAGCAUUUCGGAGGUUUACUCUAAUUAUAGGAGAUGAUGUUUGAUAAACGGUCUUUAAACUCGACUGUUGUGUAUGUUUUUGGAUUUAAAGCGGUUGUACUUGGAGAGCUCGUAAAUCCUUCAUGUAGUAGUUUUGCAAGAUUUCUAAUAACAAUAUUAACAAUAUUGAAAAGCUCGUAAAUCCACAACGAGUUUGUUGGCUUCCAAUUAUGUUAGAAAAUCUCGAAAAUCACAAAAUCGUCCAGAAUAGAGUUAUUUAAAUAUAAUCUAUUUCCCUUUUUAACCACAAUUUGACAUGGAUUAGUUGAUGUAAAAUCGAUCCUAAAAUUAACAGGCAUAGUUAUUGAAUUUGAUUUUCAUAAAUAUAUCAAUAAAUAUUUUAAAUAUCGUAUCAAGAAAUUAAUAACAUUUCUGAAUCUAGAAAAACUAAAUGAUGAAAAGGAAAAAUUUAAGGCCACUAAAAAAAGAAAACAAAAAAUCCAAAUUUAAAAAUUUUAACGUGAAUAGAUAGAUGGAAAAUGGAGGGUAUGUGAAAAUGGUGGAGAAACUAUUGUGCGUGUUGACCUUUUCUCCUUUCCAAAAGAUUGGACAAACGCAUAGAAACACAUGCACGAGACUCCUAAUUAACAAUUAAAAAAAAAAAGAGAUAACAAAACAAAAUGAUGGGAUCACUUAAAAACAUCUAAAUCAGACCGUCUUAUUCUUUGAUUUGUCAUAACAUUACUUUCUUUCAACCAAGAAGUAACCCUACACAUUUCAUUUGUUUUUAUCAUAAACUCUUUGUGUACUCAUUGCCUACAUUUAUGCUACUAUCAUUGCUUUCUGUAGGCAUGGACUAGAAUGUUUGCAUACUGCCAUUAACAUUUUGUGAUAAAACUUCUCAUUAUUUAUAGUCCCGGACCCGCUGAGCCCUUUUAUUUACUUACUCAAGUAAUGCAAGACUAUAGAUUCGAAAUCAGAAUUUCUGUGGACUUGCAUGUGGUUAGAACCACCAGACAGAUACUAGAUUGGACCAAAAAUAAACUCAGUAGACCAAAACAAAAGGACAUGAAAAUAUAUUUGUCUCUUUGAUACGUACAAGGCAACUAAUAAUUCCUAGUAAUUACUAUGAACAAGUUUUAUACUAUACGCUAGCUAUUUAUCUAUCUAUUAUGAAACGUAUAUAAAAGUUGCAUAUAGAUACUAAGUGUCGUUAGCUCAACUGAAAAACACAUACAAGGCAAAGCUUAGAAUUCACAGAAUUAGGUGACGCUUAUGGUUUAGUGCCUAUGAGGAUUACAGACUUCGACACAAAAUUUUCUGGUUUAAAAAUAAAGGUGCAUAAAGAUACAAAUUAAAAAAAAAUUAAAUUAACUCUUCAUAUUGGAUCGUUACUUGAAACUAGUUAUGAACCAACGACAGCAUGAAACGUAUGGUUUUGGUACAAUAUGCAACAAAGUUUACCACCACAUGGAAAAAGUCUUCAUUGUCAUCGAUUGAUAUAUAGAUUUUGUUUCUGCAUGACCUUUCCCAUCAACUUGUGGCAAUUUUGCCCUUAUAGGAUACACAAAAUAUGUUUCUAAGUAGUCCCAUAGUACAUCUAUCCACUGUAGGAAUCGAGAUCCAAUGUCCUCGUAACGAUUGCGAAUUAUUAUGUAUGUCUCCUCUUUAAGUGGGGCACCUUCUCAUUGACUUUCAUUUUAUGUUUUGAAAUGUCUGAAACGUUUGCCUUAGAAUUGUCUGCAAUGUAAUAAAUGGUAGAUAUAUGCAACAUGAUGAGAUUAGGUUACAUAUGUGAUAUGUGGUUGUUAAAAAAAAGGGUUCAUAUGUGAAUUAGUAUGGUGUUUCGUAAAAGUUGACUUAGAUUUUACCAAAUAUAUAGCAUUUGGCUUCCAGCAAUUUAUGCAAAAUGGAUACUACGGAUAAUACGCAAAUACAUCUAUUUAGCCAGAUUUUACAUAUGUAUAAUCAAAUACUGUAUGAAGCAUUUUUAGUAAAAAAAUAAAAUGAAGCAUCUUUAGUUAGAUGAUUCUGAUGGACCUACAGAGCCGAUUAAAUGAAAAGAAUGCUUUCGUUGGACCUUUCACCCCCUCUAUAAAAUAAAACUAUGUAUUGACUCUAAAAAUUACUAAUAUAUAGUGAAUUCGAAGGGACAAUCUCCAGAUACAUUUAUUAACGUACCCAUUUUAUAAAUAUAGAGGACAUGGAGAGGAACAAUGAUUUCCUUUAAUUCUGGGAAAAUGCAUUUUCAAAGAACGACUAUAUACUGAAAAUUUAUUAGUGAAAAAUAUUUAUGUGAAAAAUACUCAUUUUGGAUUACAAAAAACAUAAAUCAAAGUAUACAUAAAUAUAAGAAGUAAAUAAUUAUUUUAGUUUUAUGAUGACAAAAAGCUCAGUUUUACAUUUUGAAAAGUAAGGAGUACUGUACUAAUUUUUCUUUUGUAAUAAUUUAUCUAAUUUUUAACGUUUUCAUAUAAAGUGAUUCACUAUAGAACUGCAAACUUGUUUGACAUAUAUUUUGGUUUAAUUUUGGAUUGGUUCAACCGCGAUGGCCGAUGGGCAUUGGAUAAAGCGAAUAAAUAUUAUCUCUAUGUGGAUAAAUUUUUAAACGAAACAAAUACGGAGAGCGGAUAAAUUAUGUAUUCUAAUUGUGGAUAGAGUGGCUUGACAGAAAUUAUUUUGAUCUCAAACGAGAGAUAAUAUGUGUUCGAAAAAACAAUUAGAAAUCUUACACUAUUAAAAGGAGAAUAUGAAACUCUUUUAAGCUGUCCACGUCAGCAAAAAUAUUUGCAACCAAUCAUUUGUCCAUGUCAUCAUGGAUGUUAAGUUGUUGGACUACGAAUCUGUUCUGUGUAAUAGGUCAUUUAGCUUUAAUGAUCUAUUUGUUUUGCCAUUUUCAUAUUCCAAUCUAAUUUUAUUACGACGUCUACAGAAGACCUUCCAUAACUCAUUGUCUUCUUAUCUCCUCCGUAUAACGUCUGCGACGGCUAUAAUGACGAAUCAAAGCUACUUAAUUAUUCCUCUAAACAAAUCCGUGUCUAACUCUCCGCAUCCCUCCUUUUUAUCAAUCAUACCAAUGCCUCCUCAAGCCAAAAAAAAUCUAUUGCUCAGAUCCUCAAAUCCAUUCCUAGCUUUAUGGCAAAUCAAACGGCAGUCACCACCACCCAAGCUCCUUCUCCACUUUUCUUCAAUAAGGUUUCACCAGGAUCUGGAGAUUCCCAGUUGCUUUUUAAGCUAAUCCAUUUAUGGGAAGCUCGCAAUAAUUCCAAAAAAGGCAUACUUCUCAGCCAGAGAUGCUGAUGAUUGAUGAAGAGGUUUGUGUCCAUAUUUCAAUAUUAUGCUUCCGAUUUCAUACACGUCUCUGAUUUUUUCUAACAUAGAGAGAAUAUGUUAACAAGAUUCUAUCAUGAAACUCAACACCUAAAAUUUUUUAACGUUAAGAGAUAAUUUAUAAGAUUAAUUAAAUAAGUGAUCAUCUGUGAAUAUGUUAAUGGUUUUCAAUAUCCUUUUAUGUAGUAACUAAAUACAGAAUUGUUCAUAUUGAAAUCUACUAUAUAUUUCACAUUUUUAUAACAAAAAAUUAUUUACAAAAUAAUAAAUACCAAAAAGUUUAAUAUUGAAAAUAAAUUAUGGCUUCAAAACUUAAAGAAUUGCUGAAUCAUUUUAUUGGUUAUCAAAAUUUACAGAUUUAAGUAUUUAAAAUUAUUAUACAUUUAUAAAAUUAUAUAUUUAUAUGAAAUAAAGGUUAUUUACCUAUACUUCAAAAAAUAAUUCAAAAUCAAUCUGAUGAUAUAUAAGAAAAUAUAUAAUAUACAUAAGAUGAUAUAAAUUUUUUUUUAUUAUUUAAAUAUAGAAUAUUUUAAAUUUUAAGAAAGAUUUAAACAUGGUUACAAAAAGAUUAAUAGAGACAUUUAAUAUGUUAAACAUAAAUUAAUGAUAUUUCAAACAAAAAUAUAUAUCGAAACAAAUAAAUGAUAUAAUAUUAAAAAAACAAAUUUAAUUUUCUUUAAAAAAUCUAAAGUUUAAUAUUUAUAGACAAACAAAUCGCGCGUAGCGCGGUAAAAUCUCUAGUAAUAUAUAAUGAUGAUAUGUAGGCCGAUAUAGUUACCGACUUAACGUGUUCCUACUACUUUUUUUUUUUGGUCAAAACGUGUUCCUACUAUAUAUUGGUAUAUAUGCAGUAAUCCUACUAUUCGAAUGCCAUACUGGAAUGGAUCAAUCGUAAAGUAACAAAUAUCUUAGGUUAGGUAAUAAUUGUUUGAGAUAUCUUGCUACUAAAAUCGAUUUUUUACCCGAAAGAGAAUCUGGCUAACGUGACUUAUUAUGGAUGGAAGCAAAUAUCAAUUCACAUAUACAAACAGAUCAUCAAAGCGACUCAACAAGAAAUCCACUCGUAUUAUUUUCGUAUUUUAUCUUAGGUUUUAAUAUUACUUCAAGAAUUUAAUAAAUGCACGUUUAUAGUGAUGUUGACAUAAUUAAACAUAUUUCUUAUUUUCAGUCAUGUAUUACUACCAUUUUAUGAUUCUAAAGAAGUAUCAACAAAUAAAGAUUUAAGAACUUUGAGGAAAACCAAAAAAAAUGAAGUAUUAAUACAUUUAAUUAGUUCAAAUUUUUUUAAUACGUUUAAUGAUAACUCUUAUUUUGGGUUAAUGAUAAUUUUUAUUUUACCUGAAUUGAUGAUAUUUUAACUGAAUUUUUUAUUGAACUCGAUUCGAAAUUUAAAACGGUAGAGAGUUAAAAGAUUGUAACAAUUCGUAAUAGUCAAAAGCUGUACAAGUAACCGUAAGAAAAAAGUAGCACAAUAAGUGAAUGUAUCAUCGCUUCUGAUAAUGUGAACACGACCAAAGCACAUCUAAAUUUUGAGCUUAAUUAGUGUUCAUUAAGUACAUGAUUAAUAUGUGUUCAAAAAAAAAAAAAAAUAAUAAGUACAUGAUUAAUUAGGUGAUAAAGUAGAUUUGUAUGCUGCUCACAUGGAUUUGCGUGAAAUAAUGCCUUUAACCAUCUUUUUGUCUCUCCUACAUUUUGAGCUAAAAAGCUAAGUCGUGUCUUUCUUUUGCUUUAUUUAUCUGUAUACAUUGUCCGUUUGCCAUCAAGAAUGUUGCACGAGAUAUUAUUUAUUGUUAUCUAACUUAAUAUCUUAAAUGGUAAGAACUUAUUUUAAGUUAUACUCUCUCGAUUUUUUUAUUAAAUGAUAUUUUAAACUUAUGUACACAGAUUAAUAAAACAUUUAUUUUUUUUAUUUUCUAUACAAAACCAUUAUUAAGUAUUUAUCUAACUUCAAAUUAACUAAUAACUCAUUUCCUUUGUUUCACAAAAAUAUCAAUUAGACAUUUUUCACGCAUAUUAAAAAAUAGUUAAAUACAUUUACGUUUUUAUUAAUUACAAAUAUUCAAUCAAUAAUAUUUGAAAUAAAUAAAAUUAUUUAUAAAAUCAAUGUAUUUUAAUUAAUAUCAAACUUAAAGUUAUAUUAAAAUUUUAAAAUGACAUUUUGUGUAACAAUUAAAAAUGUUAAAAUGAUAUUUUCAUAAACAGAGGAAAUAAUAUAUUUCAUAAUAAAAGUAGUAAAAUAACAUAAAACUAAUAAAUUUUACAUUAGAAUUUGAAAACGUUAUCUAAUUUGAAAAACAAAAUCUUAAGAAUAUCAAGGAGGGAGUAGGAAUUAGUUUGGGAUUCCUAUUUUUUUAACUACUGCUAAUUAGUGUUUACAACAAUGUCCUUUUGACAAUUUUAUCCAAAUUAAGAACAAAACAUGUAAGAAUUUGUAUCAUGUCCUCGGAAAAACAAAGCUGACUCGUGGUAAAAAUGCAAUAUCAGACAGUUUUCAUAUUUGACAUUAAAUCAUUGUUUAGAAUUAAAUUAUUAAACAAGUGUUUCCCAAACGUUAAAACAAUUGUUAUGUUACAUUUAAUUUUAAAGGUACAACGUCUGCAGAUUAGAAAACUUAGUAGAAUGACCAUUUUCCUCAUAUAAUUAAUGACUAUUCAAAUUCGUAUUUUUUUUGUGUGUGCAUAUAUAUCGAUAGAUUAUCGGUGGAUUAUUAAUCAAAGCAAUAUAGCUAUUUUAUUAAAUAAGCAAGAGAUUUAAUUUCUGUAUCUUAUUAUUGCAUAGAUGAUUUUAUCUUAUUUAUAAAUGUAUUCCCUUUGUUUCUUAUUAAAUGUACUUGUAAAAUAAAUUCAUUUUAAAAUUUCGAUGCAAAAUUUAUUAACUUUAUAUGAUAUAUGAAUUUUUAUAUUAUCCAAUUUACUUUUUUAUAUUAGUGAAUAUGAUUAAAUGUAUAGAUAAUAAUGUAUUAUUUAGAAAAUAUACAAAAUUAAAUGUUUUUUAAUCUUGGUAUACAAAUCUAAAAUGAUAGUUAAAAUGAAACAGAGAGAUUAGUUAUUUUAAACUUAAUAAUAUUAUCAUUUAAAUAUAGUUUUCAGAAUUUAACAAGUACUGAACAAAGUUUAAAAAAAAACAUAACAAAACAAAUCAUAUUUAAGAAUAUUUUAUGAUGAUCGUCAAUCCAAUUAUCACAUGUUUACUACGGUCUAAUCAUUUUAGGAGGAUGACUGAUAUUCAACCCUCCAUAUGAUCAUUGAUGCGAUAUAUAUUAACAUCUUAAAUACUGUAUUAAAAAGUAUUGGAAAUCGAGCACUAGUUACCUUGUUAAACAACCUAUGUUGUUUAAAUACUGAUCGGAACCAUCCAAACCUAUUUAAUAUUUUAUUCGUUUCAAAAAAAAUAUGUUUUGGAGAUUUCACAAACAUUAAGAAAUCAUUUAAAAUUCUGAUUAUAAAUAUAAUAUUUAAUGCAAACUAUUUUCCAUAAUUUUUAAUCAAUCAAAAUUCAAACAAAAUUGUUUUUAAUUUUUUUUUACAAUUUAUCAUUAUUACCUAAUAAAAAUGAAUUAAAAUGCAAAUUCUAACACACAAAAAAACUCAAAAUAAAUCAAAUCUCCACUUCAGCAAAGAAUAUAACGAGGGUAUUCUUUUUACAUGACUACAAACUAAACCAAAUAUGUAAUGCUAUUUUAUUUCACUUUUUAAAUGUAAAAAAAUUAUAUUAUUUGUGGUUUAAUUUAAAUAUUAUCUUCUUACACAUAUUAAAAAAUAAAUUGAUAUUUUUAUUCCAUUCUCGUUUUCAAGGUUAAUCUAUAAUAUUAUUUUAAAAAUGAGAUAUUUAAUUAUUUAAACUUUGAUACAUGUUUUCGAGUAUAUUUUAUUUUAUAACUACAUUAUGGAAAAAAAGAAAUAAAAGUAUAUUAAAAGCUAAAUCUUCUCCUUAGGCAAAAUACAAAAUUAAAUGUUCUUCUACAUAUAUGUUGUAUAUAUAUCUACAGUACUAUUCAUAACUAUAAAACUUUUUAAAAAUCCUAACACUAUCUAGUUAACUUCAAGUAAGCUAAAGCCUAAAAGUAAGCUAAAAGACAUAAUGACGGAUGAGAGAUAGAGAAGCGACGUGAAAAUGAAAGGCAAUUCUUUCAUAAACAAAGAUUCCUUAUUGUUGUCAGUCAAAAGAAGUCAGCGGUUAAGUCAGUUGACGGACGAUGACGACUAAUGACGUCACCAUCAACUUCUGUCUCUCUUUCCUCAGUUUAAAUAGAAACGAAACCACUCCAACUUUCACUCACUCUCAUAAACACAGAUACAUAAACACAAACAAAAUAAAAAACACGUCAUGUGUGGACACGUAAGCCCCUCCAUAGCCUCCGGCGAUACCUGUCCAUGUUUCCUAUACUCCGAGGACAUAGUGGCUCCUCCUCUGCCGCAUGAUAUUGAUCAUCAUCAUCUGUUCCUGCCUCCGCCGUCUCUUAUGAUGAGCCACCACUCACUAUUUGCGGCCGAGGCAGUUUCAGGGUUUGGUUACUUUGGUUCUGGCACUAACAGUGGCGGCGGAAGCAGCAGCUGUGACUCACCGAGCUCGAUGGGGAGCGGCGGAGACAGUCUUAUGAUGCACAGGAGUGUUAGUAGCCAUAAUGGCUUUUAUGGUAAUUUACCGACGACGGCCCACGAUUUCGUUAGCGAUCAUGAUGGGCCAGUCAGACAGUCCCUUAGCGCCGGAGAUCCGCCGAGGAGUAGCCGAAGAGAGAGCAGCACGGUGUGGAGUGAGAGUAAUGCAAUAAUCGAAGGAAUGACCAAAGCCUAUAAGUAUAGUCCUGAGGAGAAGAAAGAAAAGAUCGAAAAAUAUCGUAGCAAACGCAAUCUUAGGAAUUUCAACAAGAGGAUUAAGUAUGAAUGCAGGAAGACAUUAGCGGACAGUCGGCCAAGAAUAAGAGGAAGAUUUGCAAGGAAUGAUGAAAUGUCACAAGAACAAGUUGAUGUAGUUGAAGCCGUGGUUGGAGAUGUUGAUACGUGGGCAUCUUUUCUUGAAUCUUUCUCUGCUAAUCACUUCCUUAAUUAAUUUAUUUUAGUUAUGUUUAUGUUUUUCAUCUCCUCUAUAUGUUAUAUGUUUAUAUGGCACUUAUUUUGUUCUGGUUUACAAGGUUUCACCAUGUUGCUAAAGUCAUAUAGGUUUUGAGUUCCACUGUAAAUAAGAAUAACAUAUUUUGUACAUUUGUUCGGAGAUUUUUGCUAAAAAAAAUUGACCUUCA